AUGCUGUCUGCGGUGUGCUCGGCCGGGCCCGCGGGAGCGCGCAGCGAGCCCGUGCACCUCUCCAGGGACGCGUGCCGGGGUCUGGGUCGCGCGCUUCUGCGGAACGUGACGAAUGCGCUCGAGAUUGAUCAGCUGUUCAGAGGAUUAAACUGCACGGAGCAAAGCGCUGAGCUGACAGCCAGCACGAAGACGCUGUCCGCGUGCACGCCGCUGAACCUGAUGUGCUUGGAAGGCACCGACUUCACUUUCGAUGAGGAUGAAUGUCUGCAGAGUGUUUUGGAAGAUCUUCGAUAUUACUGGUCAACCUUUAAAUCUUACCGUGAUCCAGAUCGAAUCCUGGAACAGUCAGUGCUCAGAAGCAUAGAGAACCUCAUGCAGGACUGCUUUUCUUCCAUGCUUCUGGAUGGUGCUCAGGUUCAGAUCUCCGCGCACAACGAAAACUCCUUCGAGAGACGCCUAAAGCUCUGUAAAGUCCUGAAAGGCUUUCAGAUUCGCACCAUCACCAUCAACCGAGUGCUGAACCACAUCGUCAGCUCUUCACAGAUAUGAUCACGAUGAAGCUAUUUAUAGCAUUUACCAAGUUAUUUAUCUCACACCAACUACCCAAUAACGUUUUGUCUUAAAGACAGCAUCCAAGUAAAUCUGACUGUUCACGGUUUUAUUUAAAAUUGUAAUGUUAUUUAAAUAUAUUUAUUUCAGCUAUUUAUUAGUGAAUUUUAUGUUUUGGUGUUCAGAACGAUGCACUGUCUCAAUUAAACGUGUUGCAGUGAAAAAUGUGAAGUGUUUAGUGUGGGUUUUUUUGUUUUGUUUUGUUUUUGUGAAGAGUAAGACACAAUUUGUCACACCAUUAUAUUUCAUUUUAUUAAUUUUAUUCCUUUAUAAUGUUCAUACAUAAAUAAAGUGUGUUUUAAGGCAAGACACUACAGGUGAAUAGUAUAAUUAAAAAAACAACAACAAAACAAUGUAAUCACAAUAAGUCUAUGCCAGAUAAGUACUAAUGCUCUUACAAAUGUU